AUGGUUCCAAUCUCGCAGUUUGUAGAUACCAAUUGCCUUUGUUUUGAAGAUCAUGAGGAGAACAAGUUAGAGUACACUUUGGUGCACAAUGCCUUCAAGCAGCUGGUUGAAGAUCUUCUGGCUGCUCACAUGGCUGAGCUGCACAUCACAACAGAAGAGUUCACCAGCUUUUGCGAAUAUGGGCUCUCGGGCAGCAAUGAACUUCACAGAAGUCUGGUGGAGCAGCUGAUUAGUGUCGAUGACUUCCUCGUCUUCAAGGCGAUGAUGCUGAAGCGUAACUCGGAGCUUUCCAGAGAAUCGCUGAACCCGAUCGGGCAAAUCGUGGUGGCAGACAGUGCAACUCCGGCACCGCCACACGUUGAGACAGCAGAGCUGGAGACAGAGGCAGAAAGGCUGGCGCGCCUCGAAGCUGAACAACGGUGUGUCGAGGCCGAGCUUCAACUGGCCAUUGCCUUGUCGAGGCAUUUGGAGAAGCGAUUGCAACUCAUUGAGGCGCUUAACGAGGUGCUGGAAAUGGCAGCUCAUCUCAGCGCGCAUGCCGAGAGCAUGUCCGCCCAGGCAGAGGCCGAGGCCGCCCAACAGGCGGCACUGGCCGCGGCACAGAUGAUCCAGCAGCAGCAGGAACAGUUCAGUCUACCGCCGACUCUGCAGAUUCAACCUCUUCUCGACGGCGGUGUAGGAGCAGCCCCCGUCAUGCAAGAGGAAGAUCCAUACGCGGAGGAGAGACGGCGCAUGGAUGCGGCUGAGCAGCAGGAACGUGCUCAGAUAGCAGUGGCGCAGGCAAGUGCUGCCCGUCGACAGGCAGAGCAGAAUCGCAAUCCUCAACAGCCUUCUGAGGAAGAGCGACAAGCGAGGGCGGAGCAUUUGAGACAGCGGCGAGAAGCCCUGAUGGAGAAGAAGAGGCGCGAAAGAGAGCUGGAGUUGAACCGCUUCACCGAGCUAAACGGCCACUCCACAGCAGCCCGUGCAGCAGAGCGCGCAUGUGCAGGUCAGCCUGCGCUGCCAGAGGAUGCAGGCAGGAAGCUUGCCGACGAAUUGCGAGGGAACGUGGAGCCGGACGGGCCCCAGGCAAACCCUGAGGAAGCUGCCAUAGCCAUGCGCCGUGCUUUGACAGCACAGCUGAAGCAAACUCUGACGCAGUCCUUGCAUUGA